AUGAGGAGGUUUUUGGUUCCUAGAACAAGUAUUGAGAAAGUGAAUGUUAAGCAACCGGAAGCCGAAGUAGAAGAAACACCCCCUAAUGUGGCCAACGAGUUUAAUCCAAACGAGAUUGUGCGUGAUUCAGGAUGUAGGAAACAAAUUCACGAGUAUGCUCCCGAUAUUCAAGACCAAGUGAGGAGGGCUUAUAUAUUGAAGGGUCCAACGCAACCAGAUUUAGCAAGAUAUCCUCGUACUCAAUUUGGGAAGUCUUCAAGAGCAUUUUGUAAAGCUUGGUAUAAGAGUUAUACAUGGAUUGAAUACAGUGAGUCAAAGGAUGCAACUUAUUGUUUCUAUUGCUUUCUCUUUAAGCCUCCUGGGAGGGCCGAACACUUUGGUUAUGAAGUCUUCAACAAAGACGGAUUUAAAGAUUGGAAGCAUGCAUCUAAAGGCUUUAAAGAUCAUAUUGGUAGUCAUGAUAGUAAGCACAACUCAUGUAUGAAGCACUAUGAUGAUUAUAAUAAUCAAAGACAAAGUGUGACAAGUAUCUUUGCUAUAGCAACUAGGGAAUCAGAAGAAUUGUAUAAGAUUCGUUUGACUUGUUCUUUAGAUUGUAUUAGAUAUCUCAUAGCACAAGGCAUUGCUUUCCGUGGCCAUGAUGAAAGCUCUACUUCUCUAAACAAGGGAAAUUUUAGAGAGAUGGUGGAUUGGGUAAAAUCUAAUGAUGAAAAAGUAAGAGAUGCUUUUGAUCGUGGUCCAAAAAAUUGCACAAUGACUUCCGGUGACAUUCAAAAGGAGCUCGCAACGUGUUGUGCACAUGAAGUUACCAAGGUGAUUAUGGAAGAGCUUGGUGAUAGACAAUUCUCUGCGCUUAUUGAUGAAUCACGUGAUAUAUCUGUCAAAGAACAAAUGGCGGUGAUGUUGAGGUUAGUAUAA